CAUUCCGAUUAAGAAACUACUCCUUACUCCCUACCGUAAAAUAUAAAGUCUACGGUUGGUCAAUGAGCUGAGCCGCAGAAGGCUGCAACCCGAGUUCCUCUGGUAGCACCCGCUCCAGAAUCUCUACCCGUACAAAAAUAAAAUCGUUCUCUCUAUCUCUGACUGCGGAAGAUGAUAACGAUGAUGAGGAAUCAGGUUCGGAGUAGGGGAGUUUGGCGGAGAAGCCAAAUAUUCCGAUUUUGCGAGUGGCUUAUCCCAAAUAAGGAUUUUAAAUAUGGAAGAUCGCCGGCGGACUAUGUCAAUCCACAACGCCUUGCAACAGCAACCCAUUCCCUGCCAAUUCUCACUCGCUUCUUCUCUACUACCACUGAGCCGCGGCCUCAGUUAUCGCCUGACCUAAUCAAAAUUAUGGAGCAGCGGUUGUUUUCUAUUGAAAACAGGACGUCAUAUCUUCAGAGAGUUCUGAACCAGCCGGAAUUGUCUCCUCAUGAGUACUCUGUAGCUAAUAAGGAACUCAGGAAACUCAGGGAUGUAAUGCAGCUUAUAACUGAACUCAGGGCUAUACAGAAGGAAAUGGCAGAACUGGAACUAGUAAUUUCUGAAUGCCGAGAUGAUAAAGAGAUGCAGAAAAUGGCAUUUGAAGAAUUGAGCCAGGCCACAGAGGGAGAGAAAAGGCUGCAGCAUCUUCUUCUGAAAUCACUAUUACCAAAAGAUGACGCCGAUGAGAGAAACUGCAUUCUGGAAGUGAGAGCAGGAACUGGAGGUGAAGAGGCUUCUUUGUUUGCGAUGGACAUAUUCAAAAUGUAUGAAAAAUACUCACUGAUGAAAGGUUGGAAGUUUGAGGUUUUAGAUGUUGCUGAAUCGGAUCUCAAAGGAUACAAGGAAGCCAGUGCAGCUGUAUCUGGACCUAGUGUGUAUGGAAAUCUAAAAUUUGAGAGUGGUAUUCAUAGAGUUCAGAGAGUUCCUGCUACAGAGAAAUCUGGACGUGUCCACACAAGUGCUGUGUCUGUUGCAAUACUUCCCCAGGCCGAUCAGGUAGAUGUUCAGUUGAGAAAUGAAGAUCUGAAGAUUGACACAUACAGAGCCGGUGGUGCAGGAGGUCAGCAUGUAAAUACCACUAACAGUGCUGUUAGAAUCACUCACAUUCCUUCGGGGUUGACUGUUUCCAUACAGGAUGAGCGAUCCCAACAUAUGAAUAAGACCAAAGCUCUUAAAGUGUUAUGUGCAAAGCUCUUUGAAUUGGAAAGAUGUAGGAUUCAGUCUAGUAGAUCAAAACUCCGCUCGGAGCAGAUUGGCAGUGGGGACAGAUCGGAACGCAUUCGAACUUAUAACUUUCCUCAAGGAAGGGUUACGGAUCACAGAGUUGGGAUUACCAGUCAUUCGAUAGAUGAAGUGUUGCAGGGAGAUGGGCUGGACAGUUUUAUUGAUGCUCUUCUUUUGCAGCAAGAAAUGGAUGCAGUAGCAUCUUUCAGUUCUUCGCUUGCAUAAUACAUGUAGCUAAGUACCCGCCUCUCCCUCUUUUAUUUUUUUUGACACCUCUCCCUCUUUGAUUUAUUUAUUAAUUAUUACAUUUGUUAUGAACACGAGUUUGACUUCUCCCCACUUUUUUUAUUGGAGUAAUAAAUAUAAAAGGAAUGUUUUAAUGAAUUACGGAGUUUUUA